AUGGGAAAUAAAAUAUCUGAUAAUAAGCAAAGGCAAUUAAUUUUAUAUAAGGAUAUUAAGAAUAGAAUAAAAAUAAAAAAUAAUAUUGGAAUAAAAGAUAAUAUAUAUAUUUCUAAAUUAACAGAAAACGAUUUAUUGCAUUUAAACAAUGAUAUUUUCGAAUCCUAUAACAUAGCUCAUUUAAAGGAGCAAACUAGUGAAAAAAAUAAAAUAAUAAACAAAAAAGACGAAACAGUAGAAACAUCUGUUAAAAUUAAUUUUAUUAAAAAAAAAAAAGGACAAAUAUCAAAUAGCAAGCAUAAUGAAGACAAUAUUUAUGAUAAAAAUGAAAAAAGGGAAUUCGAACUAGAUUAUAGUGGUUUUUAUAGUGUAGAGAAAUUAAUAGAUAAUGAUGACAUUGAUUAUGUAAAUUUUAUUAAAAAAAAAAAAAAAAACCCAUUAUUAUUUGAGAAUCGAGGAAAACAAAAUGGGGAAAAAAAUAACAAUUUUAAAUAUAAAGAAAGGAAAAAAAAUACAUUAUUAAAAAAAAAAAAGACAGAUUAUAAUAAAAGUUGUAUUGAAACAGAUAAUUUGAUACUAAAUAAUACAACAGGGAAUAGUGAAGAUAAAACUAAUUUAAAUAAAACACAAACUAAUGAAAUAUAUGAAAAUUGUAAUAAAAAAACAGAAUUAAAACAUGUAAAAAUUAACAUGAACAAGCAAGGUAAAAAUGACUUUUCAUUAUAUAAGUUCGAAAAUUAUAAUAUAAUUGAAAAAAAAAAAAACACUAUUAAUUAUAUAAAAUGUGAAAUUAAUAAAGAUGAUACUACUAGUGAAAGUGCAUGUAUAAAAGAAAAUAACAAAUUAAAUUCUAAAUUUUUAAAUAUACUUAAGGAAAAAAAAAUAUUGCAAAAUAUAUUAUCAUUUUUAGCUUGUAAUGAUUUACUUGAAUUUCAAAGAACAUGUUCAAUUAUUUAUAUAUGUGUUAGCGAUUAUUUAGAUUAUAUAUGUUUAAAUAUAUAUUCCAAAUUUAAAAAAGAGUAUACCCCUUAUUUCAAACCAGUCAAUUUUUUUUACAAAUAUGAAUAUUUAUAUACGGACAAACCCUCUUUCCGUCUCGAUUGCAUAUUAAUUGCAAAGGUCGAAAAAAGAUGUACAGGAUAUAACAACAGAUUUGGAUACAAACAUAAAUAUAUAUAUGAUAAAAAAAAAGGAACAUAUUGUAUAUAUUUUAAUUUUAAUGUUUUAAAAAGCAACUCAUCAAAAACAAUUGAAAUACAUAAAGAUAUAUCAUAUAAUAAUGGAGAUGAUAUAAAUAUUUCACACAUAAUUAAUAAAGAUGCAUGUCCAAAUGAUUAUAUUUGCAUACCUAUAAAUUUAUAUAAUUUUUUAGGAAUUGUUAAUUAUAACUCUAUUUAUUUUUUUCCAAAUAAGUUAAGUAAACAUUUAACAUAUAAUAAUCAAUUUGAUGAUCAAUUAUGGUAUAAUUCAAAUGAAUAUAAUUCUUUAAUAAAAGAUAAAAAUGCAAUACCUUCUGAAUCUUUUCUUCCUUAUCUAAAACAUGUACAAACAACUUAUUCGGGAAUGGAUAUAACAAUUAUGAAAUCUACAUACAAAGCUGUUGAACCGGGAAAACUGGGGAAGCGUAGCUACCUUUUAUGGGGAAACUAUUUUAUAAUUAAAAAUAAAUAUGACCCAAUUUACAUUUUUUUAAAAAGAGAAGGAUUGCAGCAUGAUUAUUUAUAUCAUAAUUUUUAUUUAAGAGUUGGCGAUCAUAUUGUUUUUUAUUUAAUUAAAGGAGGAAAUAAUAUUUAA